AUGUUGGUGGUUGCACUCCCUAAGGAGUCCCGUGAAGCCACAAUGUGCAAAGGGUUCGGUUCCACUCUGAUCGAACCUGCCUUGCAAUGGUACAUCAAUCUCCCUACCAGGUCCAUAUCUUCCUUCGCAGGCCUGAGCGACAAAUCCGUGGAGCAAUUCGCAAGCAGUAGGAGCCUGGAGAAGACGUCAGAUGGUCUCUACGAGAUCCUCCAGCAUCGAGUGGAACCCCUGCGAGACUACAUAGCCCUCUUCAACCAGGAGAAAGUGGUGGUCCCCGAAUGCAGCAUCCCUACCGCAAUCUCUGCCUUCAAAAGAGGUCUACUUCCAGUUGGGGGGUUAUACAAAGAGUUGACCAUGUACCCUUGCAAGACGAUGGAAGAUGUGUUGUCCCGAGCCUGGCCGCAGGUGAAGUGGGAGGUAGAUGUUGCUAGCCGUGCCAAGGCUCAGCCAAAGCAGGACCAAAGGUCAGCCCGAUCAGAUCGAGGAGACCGAGGGGAAAGAUCCUCCCAGAAAGGAACAGGGGCAGAGCCAGUCAACGCACUGAGGCAGAUGGACCAACAGGUUAAGUGGCCUCCAAAGAUGAAAGAACCUGACUCGUUCCGGAACCCAGAACUUUGGUGCGACUUCCAUCGCGGUCAUGGCCACAAAACCGAAGACUGCAUCGCCCUGAGGAUCGAGGUCAACGAACUACUCCAAAAGGGCCAUAUCCGAGAAUUCCUCUCAGACAAAGCCAAGGCCCACCUCAGCAAAGAGACAGUAGGGAAAUCCAAAGGAGCUGCACCAACCUCACCACCUUGCCAAGAUCGGGUGAUCCAUGUCAUAUGUGGAGGUUCAGAAGUAAACAGAGUGAGCCACGCAGCCGAAAAGAAAAACACCUGUAACGCUAAGCAUGGUCUGGAAACGACCCAACCGAAGCGCCCACUUCUAGGCACCGACGAGAUAAGCUUCACAGCUAAGGAGCAAGAGAAGAUCCUAGCUCCCCACCAUGAUGCUCUAGUUAUCUCUCUCACCGUAGCAAACUGCUUGGUAAAAAGAAUACUAGUAGACAACGGAAUCUCCAGCAACAUUAUCUUCCAGACGGCAUACCAAGAUCUAAGGCUGGAGGAGAGCACCCUGACGCGCAAGGUAACACCACUAAUCGGAUUCAGCGGCGAGGUCAAGCAAACUGCUGGAGAGGCUAUCCUCCCAGUAUACGCUGAAGGGGUCAACAUGUCUACCAAAUUCCUGGUCAUAGAUUGCCAAUCGGCAUAUAACAUGAUCUUGGGACGACUCUGGAUUCACGCCAUGGGAGAAUUCCCUUCAACCCUUCAUUAG